UGCUCUGAGUGGCGCACCGAAUCUUGGAAACUCUCUGGCUCCCGCCGCUCCUGCGUCCGCCCCCGCUCCAGUGAAUGCGCAAGCUCCGGCCGCGCCCCUUGCUGCUCCUGCGCCACCCGCAUUGGCGUACCCGCGGGUUCCCGCUCCUGGCGCUGAUCGUGCUCCGCAUGCAUCCUUGUGUCCUGUUUCUGCUGCGCCAUAUCCCCCGCUGCCCUGGAUUCCUCCUCUUUCGGGCACGGGAUUUGUGGGGGCGGGAGGCGGAGGGGCGAGGAUGGCCUUUGUCCCUCCGCGGCAGCGUGCUGAUGUUCCAUCAGUGCAGCCCCCGCCCCCUCUUCCUGUUCCGGCUGCGCUUCUGACCACUGGGCUGGCCCAAGUUCCCACGGCGACUCUCGCCCAGUUGUGGCGAUUGGUGGAGUGUCAGCAGGCCCUGACACUGAUUCUGGUGAACUCACAUUUUGCCAUUCUCCGAAACCCAGGGAGCACUCUUGAUCGUGAUGCGCGAGCUGAUUGCAUGGCGGCUGCUGCCCAGCUUGCCUUCCUCCUCCUACCCGUGCUGGGAGCGCCUGCGUUGGGAGGCGUAGCGGUCUCGCAGCUGGACGAGACGGUCCAGGGUCUGACAGCACACCUCCGCGAUGGAGGCGCGAUUGAAGCUGUCGGCGCGACCGCGUUAGUGGUCCAGCAGUUGUGGAGGACCAUGCGCGGUAUCCUUGCGGCACUGGAUGCCCACUUGAUGUAG